AUGGUUUUACACUCUGAGAUUUCCAUACAUCAAAAGAACUUUGCUAGUGAAUUCGAUAACCAAGCGAAAUCUUUACAAAGAAUAAUAAUGAUUGCUACAAGGCCAACUGUUUUCACAUCGCGAAUAUACAAUAAUCUGCCCCUAUCAUUCAGUGUUUCCACAUUAGCACGCCGCAAGUUUCAUGAUUUCGCAUUUGUCUUUGAUAUCGACGGAGUGCUUUUCCGAGGCAAGAAGCCCAUUCCACAAGCACGCUCGGCUCUUGAGCUACUCAAUCGCAAAAAGGUUCCUUACAUUCUAAUGACCAAUGGUGGUGGUAUAUCUGAAAAAGCCAAGGCUGACGAAGUAACAGAGAUUACGAAGUGUUCUUUACCCAUAUCGCCAUUGCAAGUUGUGCAAAGUCACACACCAAUGAAGGCACUCACGCGUGAUAAAAAUUUCCAACGUGUGCUUGUUGUUGGUGGGAAAGGUGACAAUGCACGUCAUGUUGCAUAUGACUAUGGAUUCAAGGAUGUGGUGAUGCCGAUUGAUAUUGUCAGGGCAAAUAGGGCUGUUGCGCCACACUCAAUGUACACUGAGGACGAUUUUGCCAAAUAUUCCAGAGAUGUGGAUUUGAGCAAGCCGGUUGAUGCCAUCUUGGUGUUUAAUGAUCCUAGAGACAUGUCAUCUGACAUUCAAAUUGUGCAGGAUGUGCUUAAUUCGCAAAAUGGUGAACUCAAUGGAGUUAAGCGAAAUUUCAAGGAUGUCAAGGAUAAAAGUAAACCGGCCGUCCCUAUUUUGUUUAGUAACAAUGAUUAUGUCUAUGCCAAUGAUUAUCCGCUCCCAAGGUUUGGCCAAGGUGCGUUUCGAAUUAUUACUGAGUCGUUGUACAAUCAUACAAAUAGGUUAUCGCCUCUGGAAAACCUUCAGUCGUUGAUUAUGGGUAAGCCAUUUAAAUUGCAGUAUGAUUUUGCACACCACGUGUUAAUAGAUUGGCGCAGCAGAUUAACCAAUAACGAGUUGAAAACUGACCUGCAAAUAUUGCCAUUACUUGGCGAGGUACCUGAGUCGAGUCCGUUUAAGAAGAUUUAUAUGGUUGGAGAUAAUCCUGAGUCAGACAUAAAGGGAGCCAACGAUCAUGGAUGGGAGUCAAUAUUGUUGAGAACUGGUGUGUACAAGGAUGAGGACUGGGAUUAUAUAGUUGCCAAGCCCACUGUUGGAGUAUUUGACAAUGUGGAGGAUGCCGUGAAACUGGUGCUUGAGAAAAAUGGAGUCAGCACCGAUUAG